AUGAGUGAUGGUCAUUCUCCCUGGAUAAGUAAUGUUGAUCACUCAAAUGAGCACGUCCUCCCUCAAAUGUAUGCGGCACGCUCUUCUGCCUUGUACCGCAAUCCUUUCGAAGACCCAGUUACUUCGAGUGGAGUAACUCAUCAAUCGUAUACUUCUCCAUCUGCCGAGGUGAAAAGCCCUAUGCUGGAUCCCAUGGGACCCCAGGAGCUACCUGAUCAAAUCAGACUACACGAUCUCUCUAAUCAAGGCUCUGCUGUCGCCUCUUCUACAGGCUCCGGGGCACGACACAAGGGGAGUAGUAUCCGUCGGUAUCCAACACGCCGGAUCAAGUUAAUACAAGGCUCAGUCUUGAGUGUUAACUAUCCGGUACCGAGUCCAAUUCGCAAUGCUAUUCAGCCGGAGUAUAGAGGUGCGGAGGGGGAACUUUCUGAGGAAUUCACGCAGAUGCGAUACACCGCCGCGACAUGUGACCCCGACGAAUUCACCCUCCGCAACGGGUACAACCUCCGUCCUUCCAUGUAUAAUCGACAUACUGAACUCCUCAUCGCGAUCACCUACUAUAACGAAGAUAAAGUCCUCACAACACGAACCUUGCAUGGCGUAAUGCAAAAUGUGCGAGAUAUAGUCAAAUUGAAGAAAACCGAAUUCUGGAAAAGGGGUGGCCCGGCAUGGCAGAAGAUCGUCGUCUGCCUUGUCUUCGAUGGAAUAGACCCCUGCGAUAAGAAUACACUUGACGUGUUGGCGACUAUUGGCGUUUUCCAAGAUGGUGUGAUGAAACAAGAUGUGGAUGGACGAGAGACGAUUGCUCAUAUUUUUGAAUAUACCACACAACUGUCGAUUACGCCAAAACAAGAGCUCGUGCGUCCGUUCAAAGAUGACCCUAUGAACCUACCCCCAGUCCAGAUGCUCUUUUGCCUAAAGAAAAAGAACGCCAAAAAAAUCAAUUCGCAUCGAUGGCUGUUUAAUGCAUUUGGACGCAUUUUGAACCCUGAAAUCUGUAUCCUAAUUGACGCCGGCACAAGACCUGGACCUAAGUCUUUGCUAGCUCUCUGGCAAGCAUUUUACAACGACAAGAACCUUGGCGGGGCGUGUGGUGAAAUCCAUGCACUCCUUGGCUAUCGAUGGAAGAAACUUCGCAACCCUCUCGUUGCAGCACAAAAUUUCGAAUAUAAAAUCUCCAAUAUUCUGGACAAACCACUAGAGAGCACCUUUGGUUAUGUGACUGUCCUGCCCGGUGCGUUCUCUGCAUAUCGGUAUCGCGCGAUCAUGGGCAGGCCCCUUGAGCAGUAUUUUCAUGGAGAUCACACACUUGCUCAAAAGCUCGGUAAGAAGGGCAUUGACGGGAUGAAUAUCUUCAAAAAGAAUAUGUUUCUUGCUGAAGAUCGCAUUCUUUGUUUCGAGUUGGUUGCCAAGGCUGGUAGCCAGUGGCGACUCACAUACGUGAAAGCAUCGAAAGGAGAGACCGACGUUCCAGAACGGCCAGCGGAGUUUCUGAGUCAACGGCGACGAUGGCUAAAUGGCUCUUUCGCGGCCUCGCUCUAUUCGAUCAUGCAUUUUAAUCGCAUAUAUCAGAGCGGACAUGGUAUACUUCGGCUGUUAUUACUGCAUAUCCAAUUGAUCUACAAUAUUUGCCAGUUAAUUAUGACAUGGCUUUCCCUUGCUUCCUACUGGCUCACCAGUUCCGUGAUCCUGGACAUCGUGGGAACACCAAGCUCAACCAACAAAUUUCAUGGAUGGCCUUUUGGGAACGACGCUACCCCGAUUUUCAAUAAUCUGUUGAAAAUCGGAUAUUUGACAUUCCUCAUGCUUCAAUUUAUCCUAGCUCUUGGGAACCGACCAAAGGGAUCGAAGUUUUUGUACACGCUCUCCUUUGUCUAUUUUUCCGUCGUCCAAUUCUAUCUCCUUAUCUUGUCAUUCUACCUCGUGUCGCAGGCAUUGAAGCCCGAGAACUUGAAAUUCGAUUUCACACAUGGGUUCUCGGCGCUAUUAUCAGGCUUUGUCGGCUCAACAGGUGGCAUUGUGCUAGUCGCCCUGGUCUCAACUUACGGAAUAUAUUUCCUUGCCAGCAUACUGUAUGCUGACCCUUGGCAUAUGAUCACAUCUUCCUGGGCCUAUUUCGUCGGGAUGCCGUCGACAAUCAAUGUCCUCAUGGUCUAUGCAUUUUGCAACUGGCAUGACGUCUCAUGGGGCACAAAGGGAGCCGAUGCAACUGACAAACUUCCAUCUGCACAAACAAAAAAAGAAGAUGAAAUGCCUUUUGUUGAGGAACUGGAAAAGCCUCAAGUCGACAUUGACGAGCAAUUUGCAGCUACUGUGAAGCGAGCCCUGACUCCAUGGCAGAAGCCCAGUGACAAAAAGGGACUGAUAUUGGAUGAUUCAUACAAAGCAUUCAGAACGAAUCUCGUUUUGCUAUGGACUUUCAGUAACGGCCUGCUGGCCUUGUGCAUCAAUAGCUCCAGUAUCAAGAGGCUCUGUUUGACAGUAAGUCAAGUUUCCUCUGCGAUUCGCCAUUCCUCGGACUUGUGA